GACAAAUCUCAAACUAAAUCUAACUGGAAAAUAAAAUUAAUUCACAAACAACAAAGAACAGAUUCCAUCAUGAGCUCCAAUGCGAGUGAGGGAAGCUUUUAUUUCGAUCUCUCUGGACCAUUUGUCAAUCGCUUUUUGCGAAUCGGUUACUUUCGGAUGAUAAUCGAUUUCCUGGCGAACUCUCUGAUGCUUGUAAUUAUGGGAACUGUGGCCUGGAAAUGCAUCCGUUUGAAAUUACUUCGUACGGCCAAUCAUGCCGUUUACUCCACUUUGGGAUUAUUCUUCUUCGUGGCUUGGUCUCAAAUGUUAACAUGUCACUCCUGUUGGCUGGCAAAGUCCUUUUGGGCAUACAUCCUUCAUGCGGUGCUGGGUGCCCUUGCCAUGUGGACCGGCGGUAUGGGAAUUCUCGCCAAGAUCUUGGACAAGAGGCGGGAGAAUAAAAAGUUUAGUAUCAACGAUCGGGAGGGACACAUGUCCUCGAAGCAUAGCAGAUGCGGUCUGGUGGGAUUUUUGUUCCUUUUGUUCUGUGUCCUUACGGGCGUGGUACUAUUCGGUGUCCAUCGAGCGAAACUGCAAUUGUGUCACAGGACUUUUGGACUCUUUAGUUUCGGAUGUUUGGCCAGCAGUCAAUGGUUCUCCUUUAGCACUGUGUUUGCCAGGAGAGAAUGGAACUGGUUGUGGAUUAGAGGACUUCAGCUAUCCACCGCAAUUGCCACCGUUCUUGUGGGCUACGAGGAGCUAUUUCAUAUUGUUCAGGAUUUAUUGGAAUAUUUUAAAUGA